AUGUCUUCAGACAUGAAAGCGUCGCUUCACCGUUUCCGAGUGACCAGCCGGGCGUCUCCAUCGCCUCAAAAUAGUUCUUCAUCGAUGCCGCAGCCCGACUGGCCUCCCUCCGCUGGUGGAGUUGAGAAUUCGCAGAAUCCCGCGGCAGCCAAGCCGAGUCACAUUCCGGCAUGCGAUAGGUGCCGGAACUUCAAGAAGAAGUGCAGUCGGACGUUCCCCGUCUGCUCGCUAUGCGCAAGUGCCGGGACGAAAUGCUCCUUCUCCACCCCGGCGUCGUCAACGACGGCGCAGACUCACCACCUGCGGGCCCGUAUUGAGUGGCUGUCCGGCUACCUCAACCAGGCCUUGCCUCUGGGCGCACCGACCAUAGAUACCAUCGAAACAGGCACAGAUCUGACUGAGCUUAUACAAUGGAUAUCAUCAAAUGCCGUCCUGUCCCAAGGCCACUCCCCAGCGUCCGCCAGGUCGGGCCCGCAAAAUGUCGUGCUCCAAGACGACCAACCAAUGCUUGAUCACCGUGCCCUAGAUGCUGUCCACGCGACAUCCUCUCCCGCACAUCAGCCCCUGAUGGCACACUCGUCGGAACCCUACGAUGAUGGCUCGAGAAUCAUGUCCGAUAGGAGCAACGUUGUUGGCCAAGGACUGCCUGCAAACGCGGCCGCCCGGCGUUUUGUCGACGCCUACUUCCGGAACGUCAACCGCGCGUACCCCUUUGUUGACAGGAACAAAGUCCUGAGAGACAUGGAGACACUCGGAGACUGCGCCAAGAGACAGCGAGACCCCGACUCGACGUUGCUGUACCUUAUCAUGGCAAUCGGGUGCACCACACUACAGAGGGCGGGCCAGAUCCCAAGUGACACAACCUUGAAAUUCGAAGUUGCCUACGCCGACAUCAUCCAGGAAUGCCUCUGCCGCGAAGGCGUCGAGUCAAUCCAGAUCUUGGUUUUACUGGCGCUUUACUCUCUUUUCGACCCCUUAGGCCCGUCGGCUUGGUCCAUAGUAGGCAUCGUCGCGCGUCAAGCAAUGCUUCUCGGACUGACGCGGCGAUCAUCCGACGAGAAGUCUCUGCCGCCCAUCAGCAUCGAACUGCAGCACCGAUUGCUGUGGUCGAUAUAUGUACUAGACCGGAUGCUGGCCACUUCCCUUGGCCUGCCCUCCGCCUUGGCUGACGAGAACAUGGACGUCCCACUACCAGGCUUGACUGUCGACGAGUUUGCGUCCCCGGACCGUUCUCAGUUUGCUAGCAUAUUGCAGACCAGUCGUCAUGUCAUCAUGCUGCGCCAGAUGGAAAGCAGGAUCAUGGACCAAAUCCAUUUGCUAAAGCAUUCGAAAAUCAGCUCGCUCACACACGCAGACCGCCGGUCGAUCCUGCAAGACAUGCGAGCAGACAUCGAGAACUGGUAUAGCAAUGGCUGUCUGGUGUCGCCCCUAGAGCCGGACAACGUGCCGAUCCACAACUCCAUCACUUGGCUCAGCGCCAGGUACUACUACCUACUGAUACUGCUGUAUUACCCGUCACAUUUCAACUCAUUCGGCUGUGGCGUGUCAAUACCAGAAUUACUGCGUUUCGCCCAAAAGCACAUACAAUCAAGCUCGGUCUUGUUUCAGCAGAGGCAGCUUCCUCUGAAUAGGGUGACGCUUUGCCGGAUGUUCCCCGUCGGUCUGGUGUUCAUGCAUUGCUGCGUGACGGGUGCACAAGACUGCACAUCUUUUACCGCGCGCGACGAGGUGACGAUGAUGGUCAACAUCUUGGAAGCAUUCUCCGAAGGCUGGGCUAAUGCCCACCGCGCCGCCCAGAUCCUCCGGCAAUUCUUGUCCGUUAUUGGCAGCCUGCCGAAUUACGCGCCGUUGCAGUUCCAAAACGGCGCCUACGUUAGCGGACAGAUUGCCGGCUCUAGGGAGUCGACUCGGAACGUCCUGAGACCCAUCGUUACGAGCUUCGUGGCCUUGAUGCAAGAGGUUCUUGGGAAGACCACCUGCUUUGGGUUUCUAGAGGCGCCUGAGGAGACGGACAUUGGAGUCGGGAUGAACACGACGUUACCCAGUCCAAAUGGUACAGGCAGAGGCUCGGUAGCUAGCGUCCCUGGAAUUGUAGGUGGCGACGGCUCGGAGAUGAACUACAGCUGGUCGGGACCUUUAGAGCUAGACUUUCUCUAG